AUGCUGUCCCGAUGGCGGUCUGCCUCCAUGCUCUUGGCUUCACUGAUGUUUCUUUACUGGACGACCUCUUCUGCCCGGCCCCAUGACCCCCUCCCAGCUGACCUCUCACAGCCUCACAGGGUGGUCAGAGAUCUGCCUGAGGACAGCAGAGACCAAGCUGAUCAAGUUCUGAAUGCUGCCAAAGACUCUCUGUCUCUGUUUAAAGAUGUGAUGGAGAACAUUAACCCAGAUAAGUCGGUGGGUGUGAUAAAGAGCCUUUCCAACUUUGCUAGCCUAGCGCCUGGCAUCGGAGGUGUGGUCUCCUCCGUCAUCAGUAUGGUCUUAGCCUUCAUCCCUCAGGAAGACCCGGUGCUGAAGGCAGUGAAGGAAGGCUUCGCUGAAGUAAACAGGAAGCUGGACUCUCUCUCCAUCCAGAUCUCGGACCUGGCGACAGACGUUGAAUGGUUCAGCUACGUCAGCGUCUACUCUCAAGAUGAACUCUGCAUCCUCAACGCCUGGAGGAAGUUCAAUGAGUUUUGAAAGAGCGGCGAGUUGAUGCAACGAGAAGACAAACAGCAUCUGGCACAGACGUUCACCAACUACUAUGAGAACACAGGAGCUGAGACCGGUAUGACCAACCUGUACCAUUACCUGACCGUCAGCAGCACAUCUCUGAGCGGAAACAUCAGGAAGUUUAAAUGUAACGUCAGUCAGAUCAGCAAAUACAACCUGUAUUUAAGCAGCUUGCUGUGGAAGGGGAUGGUAGCCAACCAGUUCUACUGGAAACUGAUGGGAUUCAACACAGCAGCCAAAGAAGCUGGACACACUCAGAUGUUCAAGACGGUCUCUGAAGCUCAGAUAUCAACUGUGGACUUCUGUCUGAACAACUAUGAGCAGUACAUGAAGAAUGAUGUGAUAGAGACCACCAAAGCUCUCAGUCACGAUAACAAGCAGGACAUCGCUGAGCAGGUGAAGCAGGUUCUGGACCAGAAGUACAGCUGGUACAGCUGGGUGGUGGUGGUGUACGAUACAUCUGUAUUUUUCAAUGAUUACAGCAUGAUGACGAUCCACAUGGACAGCAUCACUGUGGCUGUGGGCUACACUCUGAAGAAGAGGACACUAAAGCAGAAGCAGUAUAAAAUGAGCUGGAGUCGUGUUACCAGGAGAUAA